UAACCAACAGCAACCUGAUUUUAAAAUCAUUCCAGAAAUCCUCAAAAGUACGUACCAAGAACUUGCGUAUUCUUUAUCAUGUUUUGUGAUUGAAGCCAGGCGUGCAGAUGGUUCCCCCUACCCCCCAAGAACUUUAUAUCAAAUUUGUUCGGGGAUUCUGCGGUACAUGCGAGAGGAGGGAGUUCAUGAUAUGAACUUUUUAGAUGUCAAAGAUGCCCGUUUCCAUGACUUCAGGAAAACUCUUGACGCGCGAAUGAAGGAGCUAGCAUCCCAAGGAAUAGGAGUGUCUAUCAAGCAAGCGGAUCCGUUAACGCCGGAACAAGAAGACGUCCUGUGGGAGAAAAAAUUACUGGGAUCACAUACUUCAAAAAGUUACAUCAACACUGUAUUUUAUUACAACUGCAAACUUUUUGGACUCCGUGGACUAGAUGAACACCGAAAAUUAGAGGUAUGUCAAAUCAAAUGUGGCGAUUCUGAUGGCAAGGCAUACAUUGAAUUUUGUGGGCGCACAUCAAAGAAUUUCUCCGGAGGAUUACACCAGAGGAACAUUCUUGCCAAGACGAUACGCCACUACUCGGAAUCCGGUACACUCCGCAGUUUGUUUGAUGUUUAUUCGUCCUACAUUUCCCUGGUGGGGGAAGGAUCAUUCUAUAGACGACCACUCCCAGGACCCGAACCACGUUUUGGAAUCCAACCUAUAGGGGUCAGCAAGUUGGGAACCAUUAUCAAGACCAUGUGUGCCGAGGCAGGGUUCUUGGGGAACUUUUCAAAUCACUCGGGGAAAAGGACCUGUGCAACGACAUUAUUUCAGUCCGGUUUUGAAGAGCAACAGAUUAUGGAGAGAACGGGCCACCGUAGUUCCGCAGUUAGAACCUACAAAAGGCAAUCGGAGCAACAACUCCUUGAAGUAAGUAGAGCACUGGAGCCGCCCCAAAAAUCCAUAAAACAAUGUGACGACGAGAAGGAAAAUGCCAUUAUUCCGAAACCGGAGCCAGCGGAGCAUGACGGGAAGGAAAAUUCUGCUAUUCUACCUAAACACCCUCAACAGGAUGUGCGAAUUCCUAUGGCCAGUAUGGGAGAUAAAGUUAUCCGAUUCGAAAAUUGUUCCGUUUCGAUGUCUUUUUUGUAAACCGUGAUUUUAAAAUUUCUGUGAAGGAGAGUGUCAUUAUUCCAAAACUGGAGGAUGCCCGCCGGGGAGGAACAUUCUACCUAAAUAGCUUGCACAGGAUGUGCGAAUUUAUAUAGGAGAACGAUAUCCGCUUAGAAAAUUGCUCUGUGUCAAUUUAUUUUUUGUCAGUAUGUAAAGAAUUUCUAACAUUUGUGCUUUGAUUUAAACUGUAUUUUCUGCCUCAGAAGAGCGGGAUAUUGUCAAUAUUUUAGAAAUGUCAUAAGUUGUGUAAAAGUUGCAAUGUUUUGUGCCUUUUUCUUGUUUUAUUCAGUUCAUUAAAAUUUAGAAACGA